AAGAAAAAUGAUAGAAAAACAUUUGUAAGAAAAGGUCCCUUACUCUCAACGCUGUAAUAAAAAGCAGAAGCUCAACCCUCUGUAUAUGUCCCGAGACGACUCGGUUGUCUGAUUGUCAAACCCUAGCAUUCUCUCUUUCUCUCUCUAACUUUUCUCCGCCAUGGCUUCACGGAGGCUAGCUGCCUCCCUCAUACGCUCCUCCCUCCACCGAUCAUCAACCAGAUCUCCGUUUACUCACUCCACCAGAGCCGCACGCGCACUAUCCCAAUCACACCCUUCUCCUACCGGUUACUUUCUUAACCGUGUAGUCAACUACGCUACUUCUGCCGCCGCCGCUCCGACCAAGCAAGCUGCAACAACCCCUGGCGAAGGAUCUAACUAUGGAAAGAUCACUGACGAAUUCACCGGAGCCGGCGCGAUUGGACAGGUGUGCCAGGUGAUUGGUGCUGUCGUCGAUGUGAGAUUCAGCGAAGGAUUGCCGCCGAUCCUUACGGCGUUGGAGGUUUUGGAUAACUCGAUCAGGUUAGUUUUGGAAGUGGCGCAGCAUUUGGGGGAGAAUAUGGUUAGGACUAUUGCUAUGGAUGGUACCGAAGGGCUUGUCCGUGGUCAAAGAGUUCUCAACACCGGUUCUCCUAUCACUGUACCUGUUGGUAGAGCAACCCUUGGUCGUAUCAUUAACGUCAUUGGAGAGCCAAUUGAUCAUAGAGGCGAUAUUAAAACCGAUCACUAUCUGCCAAUCCAUAGAGAAGCACCAGCUUUCGUAGAGCAAGCAACUGAGCAACAGAUCCUUGUCACUGGAAUCAAGGUUGUAGAUCUUCUUGCUCCAUACCAAAGAGGAGGAAAGAUUGGUUUAUUCGGUGGUGCUGGUGUAGGAAAAACUGUCCUCAUCAUGGAACUUAUCAACAAUGUCGCCAAAGCCCAUGGUGGGUUUUCCGUCUUUGCUGGUGUUGGAGAACGCACACGAGAGGGUAACGAUCUUUACAGAGAAAUGAUGGAAAGUGGUGUCAUUAAGCUAGGCGAUAAACAGAGUGAGAGCAAGUGUGCACUUGUCUAUGGUCAAAUGAACGAACCCCCAGGUGCCCGAGCUCGUGUUGGGCUGACCGGACUGACCGUAGCUGAACACUUCAGAGACGCUGAAGGCCAAGAUGUGCUUCUCUUUAUCGACAACAUCUUCCGUUUCACCCAGGCAAACUCUGAGGUGUCUGCUUUAUUGGGUCGUAUCCCAUCUGCUGUUGGAUACCAACCAACUUUAGCUACUGAUCUUGGAGGUCUUCAAGAACGUAUCACCACAACCAAAAAGGGUUCAAUCACAUCUGUUCAAGCUAUCUAUGUCCCUGCUGAUGAUUUGACCGAUCCUGCCCCUGCCACCACCUUUGCUCACUUGGAUGCCACUACUGUGCUAUCCCGACAGAUUUCUGAGCUUGGUAUCUACCCUGCUGUGGACCCACUUGAUUCCACAUCGCGUAUGCUGUCACCCCACAUUUUGGGAGAAGAUCAUUACAACACAGCUCGUGGGGUCCAGAAGGUUCUUCAGAAUUACAAGAAUCUUCAGGAUAUUAUUGCUAUUUUGGGAAUGGAUGAGCUUAGUGAAGAUGAUAAGUUGACUGUUGCACGUGCUCGUAAGAUUCAAAGGUUCUUGAGUCAACCCUUCCAUGUUGCUGAAGUUUUCACUGGUGCCCCUGGUAAAUAUGUUGAGUUGAAAGAAAGCAUUGCUAGUUUCCAGGGAGUGUUGGAUGGGAAGUAUGAUGAUCUUUCAGAACAGUCGUUUUAUAUGGUUGGAGGAAUUGAUGAGGUUAUUGCGAAAGCUGAGAAGAUUGCUAAGGAAUCUGCUGCUUCUUCUUAGAUGAGUUUAUGAAUAUUAUUGUUGUGAUAGAUUUGAGAUGAAAAAAGAAUGAAUAAUUUUUAUUGAUAUGGUGCUGGAAGCGCCGGGAGUUUUUUUUUUUAUUUUUUUUUAUUUUGAGAAAACUGAGAUUAAGUUGGGA